UCCAACUAGUAAAUCACCAACGAUUCCGUCCCUCCCAAACAAAUUCCCUCUUUUCCCUCUCAAAAACCCUAAAAAUCCCUCCUUUCGCUCUCUCUUUCUUCUCCCAUGGCGCCUGCAACCGAGACUUCGUCUCUUCCUCCUUCAGUCCACUCGGCUACCCGUCGAUCCAAGCGCAAGGCUGCUCAAAAGCCGCUGCCGGCGGAGAUCCCCGACGCAGAUCUCACUGAAGAGGCGAAACCGAAGAAAACAAGAGCUUCUGCCAAAAAGCCGAAGAAAUCGGCAGCGAAGGUGGAUGAAAUCACUGAUAUCGACGCUGAAGAGGUGCUGAUGGAAGAGGAGAGUGAAGAAGGGAAGCAAGAGCACUAUUUGGGCGAGAUCGCCGCGGCGAAGAAGAAGAAAACUGGAGUGGCUGUGAAAAAGGCAGGAGAUGGUGAAGAUGGAGAGGCUGAUGAUUCGUGCUUCAUUGGAGACCCGGUGCCUGAGGAGGAGGCGAGGAGACGGUGGCCGCAUAGAUAUCCUGAGACGAAUGCUGGGAACCGGAUAUCAAUCACACAAAAGAAAGAUGAUGAUAUCAUGCUGAAAGCUAAGUGCCACUAUUGGCAAGCCAAAGUUGAUGACAUUGUUUAUAAUCUCCAUGAUUGUGCUUAUGUAGUGGCUGGAGAAGGAGAAAAGGACUAUAUUUGUCGUAUUGUUGAGUUUUUUAGCACUUACGACAAUGAAUUAUAUUUCACUGCAAGAUGGUUCUUUAGAGCAGAAGACACAGUUAUCGGGACACUUGCUACUUGUCAUGAUUCUAGAAGGGUCUUUUUGUCUGAUGAAACCAAUGAUAAUGCAUUGAAUUGCAUUACAAAAAAAAUUCAAAUAGUUCAUGUUUCUCCAGAGGUUGGUUCGGCUGUUAAUGAGAAUGCCAUAGUGGGUUCUGAUCUAUACUACGAUAUGUCCUUCAAUGUAGCUUAUUCUUCGUUUUCAUGUUUGCAAUCUGGUGUUGAUGUCAUAGAGUCAUCAACCACCUCAACUUCAUCUACCACUUCUAAUGUUCAUGGCGAACUUUCGCUACUAGACCUAUAUUCUGGUUGUGGUGCAAUGUCAACUGGGUUAUGUCUUGGAGCAAAUUUGGCUGGCGUUAAUCUCAAAACACGCUGGGCAGUUGAUAUGAAUUCUUACGCCUGUGAAAGCUUAAGGUUCAACCAUCCAGAAGCAGAGGUUCGAAAUGAGAAAGCAGAGGAUUUCUUAGCCUUGUUGCAUGAAUGGGAGAGAUUAGUGGAAACAUAUUGUGUGGAGAGUGAAACUCCAUGCUCUGAUGGUUCAGAUAUUGAGGACCCUGAGGAACAGUCAAAUGUUGCUUCAGGUGAAUUUGAAGUUGGGAAGUUCGUAGGGAUUUGCUAUGGUAAAACAGAGAACCUUGAUAAAGAUGGCCUAAAAUUUAAGGUCCGGUGGAAGGGUUAUGGAUCCAGUGAAGACACAUGGGAACCUGUGGAUGGUCUAAGUAACUGCACGGAUAGUAUAAGGAGUUUUGUGACAUAUGGGUACAAGAAGAAUAUUUUGCCACUACCUGGGAAAGUAGAUGUCAUUUGUGGAGGACCUCCCUGCCAAGGAAUAAGUGGGUUCAAUAGAUUUAGACAAACAGAAGAUCCAUUUAAGGAUGAAAAGAACAAGCAAAUGGCUGUCUUCAUGGAUUUUGUUAAAUUUUUGAAGCCAAAAUAUGUACUUAUGGAGAACGUAGUGGACAUUCUCAAGUUUGCUAAGGGAUAUUUAGGAAGGUAUGCCCUUAGCCAGUUGGUGUCAAUGAGAUAUCAAGCAAAGUUGGGGAUUCUGGCUGCAGGGAGCUAUGGUCUUCCUCAAUACAGGAUGAGGGUAUUUUUAUGGGGUGCUCAACCAACUCAGAAAUUGCCCCAAUUUCCUUUACCGACGCAUGAAGUGAUAACACGCGGUGGUUCUCCUGUUGAAUUUGAGACUCACGUCGUAGCAUUUGAUGGGUGUCUACAAAAGAAUCUUCAAAAGGCGUUGCUUCUUGCUGACGCUAUAUCAGAUCUUCCACCGGUUGAAAAUGAUGAGUCUAGAGAUGAAAUGGGCUAUGUGGACCCUCCUAAAACUGAUUUUCAACGUUUUAUUCGGCUAAGACGAGAGGAGAUGUUGAAUCAGAUAAUUUAUGAUCACAUACCUCUUCAAUUAAAUGAAGAUGAUCACGGACGUGUAUGUCAGAUACCUAAGCACAAGGGCGCAAACUUCAGAAAUUUACCUGGUGUUGUGGUGGGUCCAGACAAUGUAGCUCGAUUGGAUACAGCUGUUCCAAGAGCACUUUUACCUUCGGGGAAACCACUGGUGCCUGACUACGCCUUGAGCUAUAUUAAUGGAAAAUCUCCAAAGCCCUUUGGUCGUCUGUGGUGGGAUGAGACUGUACCAACCGUGGUAACAAGAGCAGAGCCACACAAUCAGAUUAUUAUUCAUCCAGAACAAGAUCGGGUACUAUCUGUUCGGGAAAAUGCAAGACUUCAGGGUUUUCCUGACUACUAUAAGCUGAUUGGACCAGUCAAACAGAGAUACAUUCAAGUUGGAAAUGCUGUUGCGGUCCCAGUGUCGAGAGCAUUAGGAUAUGGAUUGGGCUUGGCUUAUCUUGGGAAAGGAGAUCAUGAGCCUGUUUUUGCUCUGCCUCAAAAUUACCCUGUAAAACUGUAGCCUCCUGUUAAUUUGGUUGUAUUUCUCUGAACUUGGAUCUUGGUGGUGGAAAUGAUGUUGCAGCUAAUUAUUUCAUCAAUAGUUGCUUCUGAAAUUUGUUCAGCGGACUUGCGUAAAAGAGUUUAGAGCUGUUGAUUUUUCGAGUAUAUCAAUAAUGACAUGUUUAAAUAGAAGUUGGAAUUCCUUGUUACUUUGAUUAUAAUGUAAUGAUGGUGUCUAUUUGUGUCAUUAUGCUAUGGGAGAUUAUCCAGUUUGCCAUCUUGCUUCAAGUUGCAGGAUCGCAGAAGAACAUUGUAAUGAUUCAUUCUUGAUACAACCCAUUUACAAAUUGUUUCAAGCAAUUAAAGAAUUAUUUUAUCCUAAA